GCGUCGGCGGCGCGCGGCUGCCUCUGCCGGAAGUGCCGGGGGGGCGAUGUUCGCGGAGGACCAGCUUCCGCCGAAAGUUCCCCGGGGGAAGCCAAGGGCGGGCGGACUCGGCGGCCGCUGCUGGCGGCGCGGGGCGGGAGGGCCGGAAUGGAGCGGGAGGCGGAGGAGACGGAACCGGAGCGGGAGGCGGAACCGGGACCGGGCUUGGAGUCGGAUCCAGACUCGGACCCGGACCUGGGAGCAGAGACGGAUCCAGACUCGGACCUGGACCUGGAUCUGGACCCGGACCGGGAACCCGACCUGGACCGGGAACCGGACGCCAGCCCGGAGCUGGACCCGGACCCGGACAUGGACGAGGGACCGGAGACCGGCCCGGACGCGGACAUGGAUCAGGAACCGGGGACGGACCCGGACCGGGACCCGGAACUGGACCGGGAGCUGGGCCUGGACCUGGACUCGGAUGCGGACCCCGAGGCGGAUGCGGCCCCGGACGUGGAGGCGCUGCCGCGCGGCGGCUUCCGCUGCCGCCUCUGCCGCGUGGUGGCGGCGAACCGGCCGAGCCUGGCCGAGCACUUGCGCGGGCGGAAGCACCGGCGGCUCCGGGGGCUCCGCGCCGAGCGCUCGGCCCAGGCGCGGCGCAGCCUCUUCGUCAGCGGCUUCCCCCGCGGCACCGCGGCCCCCGCGCUCGCCCGCUACUUCGGCGCCUUCGGGGACGUGGCCGCCGUCGUGAUGGACAAGGAGAAGGGCGCCUACGCCAUCGUGGAGCUGCGGGAGGCAGCGGCGCGGGCCCGGGCUCUGGCGCGGCCCUGGCACAGCCUGGGCGGCCGCCGCCUCCGCGUGCGGCCCCGCCGCCAGGAGCCCUUCGCCGGCGGCUCCCCGGGGCCCGGCGCCCGCCGCGAGCAGCUCGGCCCGGCGACGCUGGCGCGAGCCCUCUGCCAGGCUGCGGACGUGGACGCACAGAUGUCGCGGCUGGUGGAGCUGUUUGAGCUGAGCGAGGGAGAGCGGCGCCUGCGGCAGCUCCUGGUCACCCUCUUCCAGGAGGUUUUCUCCGAGUUCUUCCCCGGCUGCACCGUCCUGCCCUUCGGCUCCUCCGUCAACGGCUUCGACGCCCACGGCUGCGACCUGGAUCUCUUCCUGGACCUGGAGCGCGCCAAGAGCAUCCGGGCGGCAGCGCGCGGGGCCCUGGCGGCCGCCGGUGGCUCCUCGGACUCGGACGACUCCCUGCUGGGCGACACGGAGCCGGCGGCGCCGGCGGUGCUGGAGCUGGUGGCGGCGGUGCUGCGGCGCUGCGUCCCGGGCGUGCGGCGCGUGCGGGCCGUGCCCUCCGCCCGCCGCCCCGUCGUCAAGUUCUGCCACAAGGAAUCGGGGCUGCUGGGCGACGUCUCCAUCGACAACAGGCUGGCGCUCCGCAACACGGCCUUCCUGCGGCUCUGCGCCGAGGCGGACGGGCGCGUGCGGCCGCUGGUCUAUGCGCUGCGCUACUGGGCCAAGCAGCAGGGCCUGGCAGGAAGCCCCUCCGGCGGCGGCCCCCUGCUCACCAACUACGCGCUGACGCUGCUGGCGCUCUUCUUCCUGCAGACGCGCAGCCCCCCGGUGCUGCCCGCGCUGGCCCGGCUCCGGGAGCUGGCAGGGGACGAGGACCGCAGCGUCGUGGAGGGCUGGGACUGCAGCUUCCCCCGGGACGCUUCGGCGCUGGGCAGCAGCGCCAACGCCGAGAGCCCAGGCUCCCUCCUGGCCGAGUUCUUCCGCGUCUUCGGGGACUACGACUUCGCCGGGCGGGUGAUUUCGCUGCGCGAGGGCCGGGCGCUGCCGCUGCCCAGCGCCCUGCUCGCCGAGGCCGGCGGGCGGCUGAAGCUGGGGCCCUUCAACCUGCAGGACCCCUUCGAGCUGAGCCACAACGUGGCCGCCAACGUCACCGAGAAGACGGCGGCGCGCUUCGGGCGCUGCUGCCGCGACGCCGCCAAGUACUGCCGCAGCCUGCAGUACCGCCGCAAGUCUGCCAAGGGCAAGGCCUGGGGGCUCGUGCGGCUCUUCCGGCCCGGCGCGCUGGAGCCGGCGGGGCCCGGAGCCGGCGCCUUCCUCAUCACCAUCCCCUUCGGCGCGGCCGCGCUCCCGCCCGCCCGCCGGCAGCAGCUCUGCCAGGCGCCCGGCUUCCGGCGCCGCUGGUUCCGGGAGGCCUGCGCGGCCGUCGCCUUUGUGUUCGGCCACGUGCUCAAGUGCAGCUGCGUGGAGAUCCCAGAGCAGCGGGGAGCCCCCGGAGCCGCGUCUGGGCCAGGGGGGUCGGCGCCCCAGGAGCCGGGGAGCGGGGAGCUGCCGGCAGCCCCUGGCGACUCUCCGGAGCCGCGGGCGGAUGAGCCGCCUCCGACUGCACUGCCGACAGCCCCCGGCGACCUUCCAGAGAUGCCAGUGGAUGAGCCGCCUCCGGCUGCACUGCCAACAGCCCCUAGCGAGCCUCUAGAGUCACCUUCAGAUAAACUGCUGGCAGCCCCCAGGGACCCUCCGGAGAUGCUUGCGGAUGAGCAGCCUCCAGCCAUGCAGCCGGUGGCCUCCGGUGACCCUCCGGAGCCUCCAGCAGAUCAGCUGCCUCCAACUGUGCAGCCAACGGCCCCCAGCGACCCCCCGGAGAUGCUGGCGGAUGAGCCACCUCCGGCCGAGCAGCCAGCAGCCCCAAGCGACCCUCCGGAGCCGCCUCCGGCCAAGAAGCCACCAACCCCCAGCAACGCUCCGGAGAUGCUUCCGGAUGAGCCGCCUCCGACCGCGCAGCCAAUGGACCCCAGCGACCCUCCGGAGCCGCCUCCACCCGCGCAGCCGGCAGCGGGGUCCAAGCGUCCCCGUCCCGAGGGCCCGGAGGGCGCCGCGGGGCCGGGCGGGAAGCGGCACCGGGCCGGGGACGCCGUGAGCUGGAGCUGCGCCGUGUGGCACCGCGUGUGGGCCGGCCGGCGGCGCGUGCGGCGGCAGCUGCGGCAGCCCGGUACCGGCGCCGCGGGGCCGCAGCGGGACGGCGGGGGCCUGGAGCUGGAGGCGAGGGUGUCGGAGGCCAUCGCCGAGCAGGCGGGGGCGCGGCGGCCGCCGGAGCCGCUGCUGCGGUUCGAGGCCGGGGCCCGGGCGGGCGGCGCCGCGCCGGAGCUGUGGGUGCUGCUGCGCUUGGCCCCGGCCCCCGGCGCCGGGCAGCUCUUCCACGACUUCUUCCACUUCCUGCGCAGCUUCCUGCCGGCCAUGGUGGAGCGGCGCCUGGGCCGCCUGGGCUGGGGGGCGAGCGCCGCCCCCGCCGACUGAGGCCCCGCGGCGCUGGGGGGGGGAGGGGGGUUUGCUGUUUGUCCACUGUUUUUUCUACGUUUUGGAGCGUGUUUGGGCGUUUGGAGCGCGUUUGGUAAUAAAAGCUCUAGUUUGGA